UGCAGCCUGCUCCUGGGAAGAUGGCCCGGCCUGGGCAGCGUUGGCUUGGCAAGUGGCUUGUGGCGAUGGUCGUGUUGGCACUGUGCCGGCUCGCCACGCCGCUGGCCAAGAACCUGGAGCCCGUGUCCUGGAGCUCCCUCAACCCCAAGUUCCUGAGUGGGAAGGGCCUGGUGAUCUACCCAAAGAUUGGAGACAAGCUGGACAUCAUCUGCCCCCGAGCGGAAGCAGGGCGGCCCUACGAGUACUAUAAGCUGUACCUGGUGCGACCGGAGCAGGCGGCUGCUUGCAGCACUGUGCUUGACCCCAAUGUGCUGGUCACCUGCAAUCGGCCAGAGCAGGAGAUCCGCUUCACCAUUAAGUUCCAGGAGUUCAGCCCCAACUACAUGGGCCUGGAGUUCAAGAAGCACCAUGAUUACUACAUUACCUCUACAUCCAAUGGGAGCCUGGAGGGACUGGAAAACCGGGAGGGAGGCGUGUGCCGUACACGCACCAUGAAGAUCGUCAUGAAGGUUGGGCAAGACCCCAAUGCUGUGACGCCUGAGCAGCUGACCACCAGCCGGCCCAGCAAGGAGGCAGACAACACUAUCAAGAUGGCCACGCAGGCCCCCAGCGGCCGGGGUUCCCUGGGUGACUCUGACGGCAAGCAUGAGACUGUGAACCAGGAAGAGAAAAGCAGCCCCGGGGCAAGCGGAGGUGGCAGUGGGGACCCCGACAGCUUCUUCAACUCCAAGGUGGCAUUGUUCGCAGCCGUUGGCGCUGGCUGUGUCAUCUUCCUGCUCAUCAUCAUUUUCCUGACAGUUCUGUUACUCAAGCUGCGCAAACGGCACCGGAAGCACACCCAGCAGCGGGCGCCCGCCCUCUCCCUCAGUACCCUGGCCAGUCCCAAGGGGGGCAGUGGCACGGCGGGCACCGAGCCCAGCGACAUCAUCAUCCCCUUACGGACUACAGAGAACAACUACUGCCCCCACUACGAGAAGGUGAGUGGGGACUACGGGCACCCUGUCUACAUCGUCCAGGAGAUGCCACCCCAGAGCCCAGCGAACAUCUACUACAAGGUCUGAGGGCCCAGCGCAGCCUCGGGUCCCCAAGAGACAGUCGGCCAGGACUGCAUCUCUCCUUUGUCCCCCACACUCCCUCCCCUGACCAGCUGUGCCCACCUUUGUAUUUAGUUUUGUAGUUUCUUGGCUUUUAUAAUCCCCCUUUUGCCCUGCCCCCUGGGCUUCGGAGGGGGGUGCUUGUGCCCCCAGCCCCCACGCUCUUGUGCCUUCCCCCUCUGGCCAGGCCUCUGGGCUCUGCAGGGGCGCCCCUUCUUGGAGGGCAGGGUUGGACGCUGAUGGACAGCAGGCAGGAAGAUGCCCCCCCGGCUCUGCCCCCCUUCCGCCUUCCCCCCUUUCCCAGGACGGUUUGUCCACUAUGAUCACUGUUUUUAAUGUUUUUGUGUUCAUUUUUUAGCUGUCAACUCAUUUUCAUCUGUUUUUUAAAGAAAAAUGGAAAAAUGUAAAAGCCAGCCCCUCCUUGGGCUUUCUGAGCCUGGCCCAGCCCAGUUUAAGGGAAAAAGGGCAGGAUAUGGCCAGCCAGGAAUCAUAGGAUGGUAUCUCUUUUAUAAACUCCUUGGUGUUUGGGGGAGGGGUGGCUUGGCCAGAGCUAUUCUUGCCCAGGAGGGAAGAUGAGAGUGCCAUUGGGCAAAGCAUCUCACCCUGCCCUCCUGACCCUCCUUCUACAAAGCUGAUCUUGGCAAUGGGGUAGUGGCUGCCACCCUUCCACCACCCCCCUCAAAAAAAAAAAAAAAAAAAAAAAACCUCUUCCUUGUGGGAUUCUUGGGCAUCUCCUGCCUCCCUCACUCUCACGGUAAUUAACGUCUUAAUUGGCUGUUGCCUGGGGAACAGGAGAGCUGCUGCAGGCAAAUGACCUCAUGGGGGUGGAGGGAGGUGAGGUGCCCAGGUGGCUAUUUGCCCUGCAGAGCUGGGAGUUCCCCCUCCCCCUCCCAGUCCUGUUCUCUUCUCACCUUUGGCAUCCUUUGGCCUAGUGGGAAACAGAGGCCCAGGGCAGAGACCUAAGCGGGUAUAAAGCCAGGUGGCCUGCUCCUUUUCUGGGCUCUAGCACAGGCAGGUGUCCCCCUCAACCCAGCUUCCCCUGGCCCCUCCAAUCUUGGGCCAGGGCCUGGAAAGAGGAAGAGGCUGCCCAGGGCUGGGCCAGCACGCCGUGCACUUUGACCCCGGUUCCUUGCCAGCACGGCUGCUAACAGACUGCCACUGGAGUGCGCUUUGUAGGCGCUCCCCAAGUGGCCAUGGAAGGAGCUGGGCCUAUCACCACCCACCUCUAUACUGCCUCCUGGCCAGCUGCCCACCCCAGUGCCAGGUGGGAAAGGGAGCGAAACAGCCAGCCCCUUCCAGGUGGCAGUUGGAAGGUUUUUUGUUUUUGUUUCUGUUGCCAUUUGUGUAAAUACUAGUCUUUUUGGAAGAAAUAAUGUAAAGAUGUUUUGUAUAAACUCUGAAUUAUU